CGCGUUGUGGCUGGUGUCGCCAUGAGCGACGAGAUAUGGACGUUCGUCGGCCGGAAGGGCAAGUCGGCGAGGAAGCCUGUCGUCAAACACCAGGCACCGUCAAAUGACGCACCUCCGUUCGCGUACAAGCACAAAGCGAGCGCGCCGUCUGUCCCCGAUAAGGAUGCAUCGGCCAUCCUUCUCGGCAAGGUGAGGCGGCACGUCGACGUCAUGCGCCGUAGUCCGUUCCUCGGCCAUCUCUUCGAUGCACUCGACGGUCACAUUGCAUCAAGGAAAGUUGAAGACACCCCACUGGUGAUACAGCUUGUUUGCUAUGGCCUGGGAAGCUUCACAAGUAGCAACGCAGCAUACCAGCUAGCUUGCGCGGUACAUAUCCGCGAAUGGUUGGCAGGACAUGCCGCGAUUCAUCUCCAGCAUGCAUGUCUAUUCGACCCCAUCAUGACACAGGACGAUGCAGUUGUCGCGAGCGCAAUGGACUUUGACGUCCUGACUACAAACGAGCAAGGUCACCGGCGAGCGACCAAGUCGUUGCAAACGCUGUUCUUCAUGCCGCAUUGUGGCAAACAGCUCUACCAGAAUGUUCUCCUGGCCAACUGGGAGUCGCUGCAGUACGUCUUCAUCUUGGGCAACAGUUUUUCCGCGUACGACGAUCGCGUCGUGGCGGCGGCCGAUCGCCACAAGUCCAUCUUCAGUGCGCUUGUUCCCUACGUGGACGAAGUGGCAGUGGGAAAGAUCGCCAAGUCGUGGGACGAGUACGUCCAGUACGACGCCGCGUUCAACGACAUGAGGUAUGGCCGUCCACGCGAUGCACCACUCAUCAAGACAUGGCACAGUUUGCAUGCAUUUCCCGCGACGAAGGUCGAAGCCGCGAUCCGCGACGGCGUGCUUGCCAGGCCAACGGGCUCGUUUGAUGUCGGGACAGACGAAGAUUUGAUGUAAUUAAGACUCACAAGGAGCCUUGCGUGUACACGA